CUCAUAACGUGCGCUUCUGAGCGCGAAGUGUUCGCCGUAUAGCGCACUGAUGACAUCGUCAGCAAGAUACUGAUCCCGCGAAACGAGAUGGCGGCGAAACGCAAGCUCGCCGCGAUGGCGCCCGUGGACGAGGACCCCGUCGACCCGUCCGACGAGCUUAUGUUUCUCUGCCUGGGCGGCGGGAACGAGGUUGGACGGUCUUGUCAUAUCAUCCAGUACAAGGGGAAGACAGUUAUGCUCGAUGCUGGAAUGCAUCCUGCCUACGAAGGAUUCUCCGCCAUGCCUUUCUACGAUGAAUUCGAUCUCAGUACAGUAGACGUGCUCUUGAUCUCCCAUUUCCACGUCGACCAUGCCGCCUCGCUCCCAUACGUCCUCGCAAAGACAAACUUCCAAGGCAAAGUGUACAUGACCCACGCGACAAAAGCCAUCUACAAAUGGCUGAUACAAGACUCGGUGCGUGUGGGCAACAUAUCCAACUCGUCCGAGACCAAGGUCCAGGUCUACACCGAAGCAGAUCACCUCAACACCUUCCCCAAGAUCGAUGCCAUCGACUUCUACACCACACACACCCACGCCGGCAUACGCAUCACACCCUACCCAGCAGGCCACGUCCUCGGCGCCGCCAUGUUCCUGAUCGAGAUUGCGGGUCUCAAGAUCCUGUUCACGGGGGACUACUCUCGAGAAGACGACCGACAUCUCGUGUCAGCUGCCGUACCGAAAGACGUCAAAAUCGACGUUUUGAUAACCGAGUCGACCUUCGGCAUCUCGACCCACGUGCCCCGUCUACAACGAGAGACGCAACUGAUGAAAUCCAUCACGGACAUAUUGAACCGCGGAGGCCGCGCGCUCCUACCCGUAUUCGCCCUCGGCAGAGCCCAGGAACUCCUCCUCAUCCUCGACGAGUACUGGGCGAAACACCCCGAAUACCAGAAGAUACCCAUCUACUACAACUCGAGCCUGGCCCGGAAAUGCAUGGUCGUGUACCAGACGUACGUCUCCGCCAUGAACGACAACAUAAAGAGGUUAUUCAAGGAGCGCAUGGCCGAAGCCGAAGCGUCGGGCGACGUCAGCAAAGGCGGACCGUGGGAUUUCCGCUUCGUGAGAAGCCUCAAGAGCCUGGAGCGCUUCGACGAUGUGGGCGGAUGCGUCAUGCUGGCUUCGCCUGGUAUGCUGCAGUCCGGCACGUCGCGCGAGCUGCUGGAGCGAUGGGCGCCGGAUCCCCGGAACGGCGUCAUCAUCACGGGCUACUCGGUCGAGGGCACCAUGGCGAAGCAGAUUGUGCACGAGCCGGAUCAGAUUCCAGCGAUUACGCAGAGAGGCGCGACGAAUACCGCGCGAAGACCGGGCCACAGAGAGGGCGAACAGAUCAUGAUUCCGCGGCGCUGCACGGUGCAGGAGUUCAGUUUCGCGGCCCACGUCGACGGCAAGGAGAACAUGGAGUUUGUGCAGGAGGUGGCCGCGCCCGUCGUCAUACUCGUCCACGGCGAAAAGGGCAACAUGACGCGCCUGAAAUCCAAACUCCUCAGCUUCAACGCCCAGAAAGCCGUGCCGACCAAAAUCUUCUCCCCCGCAAACUGCGAGCAACUCCGCAUCCCCUUCAAAUCCGACAAGGUCGCCAAGGUGGUGGGCAAGCUCGCGUCGUCGAUUCCGCCGCCUCUGCCGCCGAAUCAUCAUCUCAAGAAGCCCAAAUCUGAAGAGGAAAAUGGCGAGCCCAUGGUACUAGAGGGUAAGGAGCAGGAGCACGAGCAGGAUGGACAAGAGCAGCAGCAGCAGGACCAGGCGAAUCCCAUCUCGGGCGUGCUGAUCCAGAACGACGAUUUCAAGAUCAGCCUCAUGGCGCCCGAGGACCUGAAGGAGUAUGCCGUCCUGACGACGACGACGGUCGUGUGUAGAGAGCACUUGACGCUGUCGGCGGCGGGCGUCGAUCUGAUUCGCUGGGCGCUCGAGGGGACCUUUGGCGCCAUUACGGAGCUGGACAUUACGGAUGCGGCCAUCUCGGGCAAGGAGGAGGCUGCUGCCGUGAAUGGGAAUGCGCAUGGGAACGGACAUGCUCGAAAAAAAGAAGAGGCGGAUGAGGAGGUGCAGCGCACGACAAAGGCGUUCCGCGUCAUGGAUUGCGUGACGGUGUAUUGCAGGCCCGGCGGCGGGAGGGUCGAGGUCGAGUGGGAGGGCAAUAUGAUUAACGAUGGCAUCGCGGAUGCCGUCUUGGCCGUGUUGUUCACGGUCGAGAGUUCGCCUGCGGCGGUGAGACAAUCGUCGCGUACGCACUCGCACUCGCACUCGCACACCCACACACACACACACGCACGGGCUCCGCAAGACGACGACGACAUAGCCGCCCAGAAACUCGGCCUCCGCUUCAAGCAGCCGCACCCGCUCAAGACGCCGGACCCCGCGACGCGGCUCGCGCGGCUGCUCAUGUUCCUCGAGGCGCAGUUCGGCGCCGACGCCGUGUCGCCGAUUGAGCUGCCGCGGACGCCGGCGGCGCAUGUGCAGGCGGAAGGGAAAUCGCUUGGUGAUGAUGGUGGCGGAGGAGGAGGGGGGGAGAAGGACGUGGUAAUGACGAAUGGAACACAGGCCGUACAGCAAGAAACGACAACAACAGGACCAUCGUCAUCGCCAUCAGAACCGCCCUUCACCGUCGCAGGCCGCCCGCCACACUCCCCUUCCGCCCCUACCUCAACUCCCACGCCCUCCAUCUCCCCCGCCGACGCCCAGGAACUCAAACGCCUGCACAGCCUCGGCAUCCCAGUUCCCGGAAUCAAGAUCCGCUUCGACGGCGGCAAAUACGAGGCCAAGGUGUGGCUGGAGGAUCUGGACGUCGAGUCGAGCUCUGCGGCGCUCAAGGCGCGCGUCAAGGCCGUGGUGGAGAGGGGGGUCGAGGUCGUUAGUGGGUUGUGGCGGUAGGUAGGUAGGGGGAGCUAUGUAGUACUAUAGGGAGGG